AUGGCCCCAAUCACAUUAAGCACAGUUGAUGACGACCUGAAGGAGGUAAUCCAACACCUCUUCGAGAUCCAGUCCGCCGUCCACGGCUACCUAGGCCCAGAGACUCAGACCGAGCUCGUCAGGAAAAUCAAAAACCUCACCCUCGCGCUCUCCACCCUCUCAACACACACCAAACCGCAGCCCCCGUCGCAAGACGAAGAACAGAAGGAAAAACAGGAAGAAAAGGACAACGACCCCCUUCUCCGCGACAUCCAACUUCCCCCCGAGAUAAUUGACUAUGUCGACGCAGCGCGUAACCCGGACAUCUACACGCGGGAGUUUGUGGAGCUGGUGCAGCGCGGGAACCAGGAUCUGAAGGGGAAGAAGGAGGCGUUUGCGAGUUUCCGGGAUGUGCUUGCUAGGGAGAUGAAGAGUGCGAUGCCGGAGUGUCGGGGGGAGGUGGAGAAGGUGCUUGCUGCGACGGAGGGAGAGCCUCAAGGUCAAUAA